GGCGUUCUAAUACCCGCAUGCUCGAUGGUCGUCGGCAAGGGCGCCGCUGAGCAUUGUGGGAUGCGGGCGGUGUCAUGGCAGCGGCCGCGCUUUGCCGGCGGUUCUCCGGGGUCUUGAAGUGGACAGGAGCAGCUUGGGAGGCUCCAUCGCCGAGAAUAAUCCUCAAUGAUUUGCGUAAGAAUGUUUGCAAAACAAAGGUAUUCCUUCCCAGUAUCUCUCUCCAUACAUCCUUGCCACGAAGUGGACUGGAGGAAUUUUUUGAUGAUCCUAAAAACUGGGGCAAGGCAGAAGUCAAAUCUGGGGAUUCCUGGACAGUAGAACAGCUCCGGGGCAAGAGCAGUGAAGAUUUGCACAAACUUUGGUAUGUCCUUCUAAAAGAGCGAAAUAUGCUUUUAACGUUGGAACAAGAAGCAAAACGACAGAGGCUGCCAAUGCCAAGCCCAGAGCGAUUAGAAAAGGUUAAGGACUCCAUGGAAAGGAUGGAUCUUGUCAUUCAGGAAAGAGAAGAUGCUUUGCGGCUCUUACAGACGGGCCAGGAGAAUGAGAGACCAGGCGAAUGGAGAUAUGACUUUUUAGGUCGCCCUAUUUGGUACACCUUCAGGGAAUGGGCAGUUCCCUGGUACCUGAAUGCAAGGCACAACAGGAAACGAUUCUUCUAUUUGCCAAAUGUCAAACCUUUUAUCAGGCUCAGACUGGAAAAAUACCUGCGCCGUCAAGCCCAAAAGAAAAGUUUGCAAAAAAAGAAAGAGAAGCUCCUACUUAAAAAAUUUCCUCAUCUUAGCAAACAAUCUUAACUUUAACAUGGAGUUAGAAGAAUUAAUUAUUUGAUCAAACUGGCAGGAAGAUAGUUGCACUGUCUGGAAAUGUGAUACAGAUUCUCUGUUAACUAAUUGUAAAACGCAACAUGUGAUUUGAGAACUUCAAUACAAAUAAUUUUUAAAGGAAA